GUCAGUGCCAGAUUUUGUUAACAGGGCACAAGGCCAUCUCUCAACUCGCUCAGAACUGCUUCUGCACCAACCAUGGCCACCUUUGCGGAACUCAGUACCAAAGCCAAGAUGCCCAUCGUGGGACUCGGCACCUGGAAGUCUCCUCCAGGCAAAGUCAAAGAGGCUGUGAAGGCAGCAAUUGACAUAGGAUAUCGCCACAUCGACUGUGCCUGUGCCUACAGGAAUGAGGAUGAGGUUGGGGAAGCCAUCCAGGAGAAGAUCCAAGAGAAGGUUGUUAAACGGGAGGACCUCUUCAUCGUUAGCAAGUUAUGGCUUACCUUCUUUGAGAGAUCCCUUGUGAAGGAAUGCUGCAAGAAGACCCUCAAGGAUCUGAAACUGGACUAUCUCGACAUCUAUCUUAUUCACUUUCCACAGGGAUUACAGGCUGGUAAGGACUGGUUCCCUAAAGAUGACAAAGGCAAUGCUAUCCCCAGUAAAGCAACGUUCUUGGAAACCUGGGAGGCCAUGGAAGAGCUGGUGGAUGAGGGGCUGGUGAAAGCCAUUGGGAUCUCCAAUUUCAACCACUUCCAAAUUGAAAGGCUCUUGAACAAACCUGGACUGAAACAUAAACCAGUGACAAACCAGAUCGAGUGUCACCCAUACCUGACGCAGGAGAAACUGAUCCAGUACUGCCACUCCAAGGGCAUCAUAGUCACUGCCUACAGCCCCCUGGGUUCUCCAGAUAGACCUUGGGCCAAGCCAGGGGACCCUUCACUACUAGAGGAUCCCCAAAUUAAGGAGAUUGCAGCAAAGCACAAUAAAACCACCGCCCAGGUUCUGAUCCGGUUCCAUAUCCAGAGGAAUGUGCCCGUGAUCCCCAAGUCUGUGACUCCCCAACGCAUUGCUGAGAACUUUAAGGUCUUUGACUUUAAAUUGAGUGAUGAGGAGAUGGCGACCAUACUCAGCUUCAACAGAAACUGGAGGGCCUGUGUCGUGGAACAAUUCUCUCAUUUGAAGGAUUAUCCCUUCAAUGAAGAAUACUGAAACUGAGCCUCCAGAUGAGAUUAUCCAGUGGAUUCUCUCUCUUCACUUUACUGACAUGGACCUCCCUCUCACCCACAUCCAAUUUUAGCCAGGCUUUUCUGAAAUCAUACUGAAGGUGGAUCUGCUGUACGUCAGAAUCUAAUGUUGCAUCUAUACCAGUACGUUCAACCAGGAGCAGAUAAUCUUUGGGAGAUAAGACUUGGAAAAAGAGAAGUUAUAUGAUCAUAUGUUUAUUAAAUAUUGGAAACUCUGCUAGCACUGAGAAUACAGAGAUAAAAAAGGAGAAAAGAAAAAACAUCUUUAAGAAUUUACUAUACUGCCAACAGUAUUUGAAGUACUUUUUGUAUGUGUUAACUCAAUGACUCCUUGCAAAAACCCCUUCCAGUUAGGUAUUCUUAUUAUUCACAUUUUACAGAAGAGGAAACAGAGACAAGUAACUUGCUCAAGGCCACUCAGGUAGUGAGUGCCAUAGCCAAAGAUUCAAAGGCAGGCAGGCUCUGGGAGAGCUCAUGCUGAUUUGUCAUCCUUUUCCUCUCAUGUCUUCCAUUGGCACCUCCCAGCCUUGCCUCUCUCCAUUCUUUCCCUUUCUUUUUCUCUCUCCCACCCUGCCUUUAAAAUGCUAUUUUGCCCAAAGAGUCAACUCCAGUGGUGGCAGGGCCUCCAAGAUACAUGAAGGAGCUUCUGUUCAUUGAGGGAAUGGUAUUGAGAGUAUCCCUGGGAGUGCAGGUGGGAAAUGGAGCAGAAUCUGAACAAGAAGAUUUGCUAUUUGCCAUUAAUAUGGAGAAUUAAUUUGCUUUUUUUCUAUAACAAUGUCUUGUUGUGAAAUAUUCCACACAUAUAGUA